CUGGAAUCGGGAAGAAUCAAAGCUAUGAUCAAAACUUUGGGAGUGGCUUCUUCUCGCUUUUUCUUCUCCAGGCAUCCAUCAACGACUCAUAACUUCUGCAUUUCAUCUCCCGCCUUCGCUAUCCGCUUCUCUAACCACUCCGUAUCGGAUCGCCGGAACUUCACUAUAAUGGCCAGUGGAUGUGGAAGCGGCGGCGGAGAAGAAGAGUUCGUGAAAGGAAACGUUUUUCCAAACGGCGUCGCUGUCAUCACUCUUGACCGACAUAAAGCUCUCAACGCCAUGAAUCUAGAAAUGGAUUUGAAGUACAAAAGGUUGCUUGAUGAAUGGGAAUCUGAUCCUAAUGUCAAAUGUGUUAUUGUCGAAGGAAGUACUCCUCGAGCCUUUUGUGCUGGCGGUGAUGUGAAGCAGAUUACAACCAAAAAUCAUUUGUCAGAUAUGAUAGAGGUAUUUACAGCUGAGUAUACCCUGAUUUGCAAGAUUGCUGGAUACAAAAAGCCAUAUAUCUCUUUAAUGGAUGGCAUAACAAUGGGAUUUGGCCUUGGUCUUUCUGGACAUGGGCGCUACCGUGUGAUAACUGAGAGAACGGUCCUCGCAAUGCCAGAAAAUGGAAUUGGAUUGUUUCCAGAUGUUGGGUUUUCAUAUAUAGCAGCUCAUAGCCCUGGCAGAGGCUCUGUUGGUGCGUAUCUUGGUAUGACUGGGAGAAGGGUCUCCACACCUGCAGAUGCAUUGUAUGUGGGUCUUGGGACACAUUGUGUACCAUCUGAAAAGCUAGCUGCACUCAAAGAAGCCUUUUUGUCAGCUGACAUUUCCAAGGAUCCUCACCUAGACAUCCAAGCAACUUUAUCAGAAUACAGCAGCGUUCCUGACUCUGAAGCCCACCUCAAAAUGAUGCUGCCUCAAAUAGAAACAGCUUUUAGUGCUAGUAAAUCUGUUAAGGAAACAAUCGAAGAGCUGAAGAAGUACCAGCAGAGCACUGAGGCUUCAGUUGCAGAAUGGGCUAAUGAAGCACUCCAAGGCCUUGGAAAAGGAGCUCCGUUUUCUCUUUACCUAACACAUAAGUACUUCUCCAAAGUUGCUUGUGCUAUGGGUAAAACCAACAAUGAGAUGGCAACGCUUAAUGGUGUGAUGAAAACGGAGUACCGUAUUGCUCUGAGAGCUGCCUUGCGCGGCGAUUUCACUGAAGGUGUUAGAGCAGUCUUGAUUGACAAGGACCAGACUCCAAAAUGGAAACCAGCAAGCUUAGACGAGGUAGAAGAAACCGAAGUGGAGGCUCUCUUUAAGCCACUAAGUCCUGAAGUGGAAGAGCUUAACGUUUGAAAAAAGAGAUCACUUGAUUGUUCUAGAUAAAAAUAUGUGACAUGCUAUGUUACUCCAUUGACUUUCAACAAAUUGAUCGCUUGCAGCUUUGUACAAAAAGCACACGUUUCUUUUUAGAUAUAUACAUCAACUCAUAUUUUCAAGCCG